UUUUCUUUCUUUCUUUUUUCUUUUUUCGUUUUUUUUUCUGUUUUUUCUUUUUCGAUAAGAAGAACACGAAGAUGGACAAUGCCUAAGAACGAACGUGAUUAUUACGAAAAUAGUGCUCAAAGAGAGUGUUGUUGAAAUUUCACGAGAGAUUAGUUCGAAUUUUUGGAAUUCUUCGUAGAACUUUUUUCAAUCGUUAUAAACUUUCUUGCAUAAGAUUCGUGAAACGUGUGUGUGAGAGAGAAUUUAAAAAAAGAAUUUCAUUCUAUUUUCUGUGUCGUAUCGGAAAAACGUUCGAUAAUACACUAAAGUACUAAGGUCAUCUCGCAAGCAAAUGAUUCGUGAUUAUUGGAAAGAACGAAGCCGAGUGCUGAUUGCUUGUUACUGACCUAGGGUCGUUGAGAAAUCGAUGAAUAUUAAAAAAUGCCAGAGGCACAUCUUUCUCUGUGUACGAUGCUUCUAAGUCAUUGCCUUUAUUAAUGUAUCCUUGUUAGAGCGUUACGGUGUUUUAAUUAGUGUAUUUUGUUGAUGAAUUGCUUCCUUGAUAAAGCCCUUUGAAAGGGAUUGUAUCCGGUGAAAUUUCAUUCACGAACAUUUCUACAUUCUCGAGAUAUGGGAUAUUGUUUUUUCAACCAUGGUCGUCGUGACGUCAUCGGCCGUUACCGUCAUUGAGGAUUUCUCGAAGGACACUUUGGGAAGAUUGCGUAUUCGGUACGUGAUGCCGGCGACGCAUUUGACGCUGCGCGAAGAGGACGUGGUAAGACUGAUCUUGGAGUUCCUCCACAGUCGCGACCUUCACAUCUCGCAGCUUUCGCUAGAACGGGAGACAGGCGUGAUAAAUGGACAAUACAGCGACGACGUACUCUUCUUGAGACAACUCAUCCUUGACGGACAAUGGGACGAUGUGUUGGAGUUUAUUCAGCCACUCGAAGCGCUACCAGAUUUUGACAUGAGAAAAUUUACUUAUUCUAUAUUGCGGCAUAAAUACGUCGAACUAUUAUGCAUCAAGUCGGAAGCCAAUCUGAUAGCCGCUGGUACAAACGGAAGCGUCGAUAACGCUGUCGAAGAAGUGGUCAAAGUUCUUAGCGAUUUGGAGAAGGUUGCACCGACCAAAGAGGAAUACAGUAGCUUUUGCCUUCUUCUCACGCUUCCACGACUCACCGAUCACCUACAAUACAAGGAUUGGAAUCCUAGCAAUGCCAGAGUACAGUGUUUCCGCGAAGUUCAUCCUUUGGUUGAAAAGUUCCUGCCAGGCGAUCGAAAAUCGAACGAUCUAGUUCAUCCGGUAACAUCGGCGAAAAACGACAGGCUUAUUCAAUUGAUCAUCAAGGGUAUACUUUACGAAUCCUGCGUUAAUUAUUGUCAGGCCAAGGCUACCGGUUCGAAGGAAAGCGAACAGGUCGAGAUGAGCUUUUGCAGACUGUUAGACGGUUCUAUCGGCUUUAGCGACUCGGAUCUGAGCCUAUUAUCCUGGUUGCAAAGUAUACCGCCGGAAACUUUUGCUGUACCUUUCGCUCAGAGGACAUUGAACGUCGACGUGGAACGUCUUGAGAGGCCGUCUUUGGAAACUUCGUGGACCGAGCACAUGUUGAUAACUCCCAUCAAACCGAAGACUUUUCCGCACAGCGCUAUGCCCUUUACAAGACCUAGAUCGGCAGCUGACAUGAUGUCGCGUAGUUUGGUACCAGCUUUAGAGGCUGGUCCAGGUCCUAAAAAUAUGCCUAUACCAUCGGCAGCUCUGAUGGCAUUAUCGACCGGUGACAUAAAUCUUAUGUCGAGAUCCUCCUUCGCUAGUUUUCAUUUGACCGGUUUUAAAAAUAACAAACUAAUGAAUACUAGCGUGGAUAGGCUCUUCGAGAACGAAGGUGAUGUCUUCCUUAGUUCUAGCUAUGCUGAUUUUCAACUGUUACCAUCGAUACAAGAAACAACGACUAGUAGUCAUCCUAAAGUUCCACCAAGGAUCAGAGGACAAUCUAAAAGUCCUGAAGGUAUCAAGGCGGCUGAUCCAUCAGCGGCGUCUACACCGGAACGAAGAGUUUCAGGUAGAGAAUCGCCAGCACCAUCAACAGCUAGAAGCUCUAGAAGAGACUCCUUGGCCGAGAAACCUACCGGUGUCGCAGCAAAAAUUACGGAACCAUCGGUGAUCCCUAACAGAGCUAUUCCAGUGGAUCAAUUUGAGCAAAGCUAUAACGGUGAUCUAUUUAAAGAAUAUCAAAAGCAGAAACAAAAGUUGCAAGAGACGAUUCAACAGAAGGAAAGGGAAAGGGAUGAAUUGGUGAAACAGUUGUCGACUCCGUUACCUGCUCAAAUGGUAGAAAAACGACUACAAGCUGACGGUAUAAAGCAACCUUUGGGUAGCAAAGGUCCUUCUCCGGUUCAUGCAAGUACACCUGUAAGAUCUGGUAUUCAAUCGCCAAAGCCGAUGAUAAAUGGUUAUGAUCAAGUCACAAGGCAAAAUUCAGCACCGUGCGUCAACGAAUCGGGGAUUCACGAGAGUCAUUACGAUAUAGUCAAGACGACGAAGCAAGAGCCAAGACCAGAUCUCGACGUUAGCAAUGGAAGCAGCAACGGUGGUAGGCCGAGAUUUGUUCCAGUCACAGCUUUGGAAGAUGUACAAGCAGUUCGUUGUGCCGAAUUUCACCCUCACGGUAAACUAUAUGCCGUGGGAUCGAACUCGAAAACGGUCCGAAUAUGCGCCUAUCCUAAACUGCACGACGUUAGGGAGGAUCAUCAAACUUAUCAACCUACCGUUCUCUCAAAAAGAACGAAGCAUCAUAAGGGCUCGAUAUAUUGUCUCGCUUGGACACCGGAUGGUCAGCUAAUGGCAACCGGAAGUAAUGACAAGACGGUCAAACUUAUGCGUUUCAAUGCAGACACCUCGAGUCUUGAAGGUCAAGAAGUAGAAUUGACGAUGCACGAUGCUACGGUUCGUGAUUUAUGCUUUUUGGAGGAUACGUCGAAUAAAUCCAGCCUCCUGAUCAGUGGAGGUGCUGGAGAUUGUAAGAUCUACGUUACCGAUUGCACAACCGGUACACCUUUCCAAGCUCUCAGCGGUCAUAGUGGUCACAUUUUGACCCUCUACAACUGGGGAGGCGCCAUGUUCGUCAGUGGAUCGCAAGAUAAAACGGUCAGGUUCUGGGACCUUAGAACACGAGGCUGCGUUAAUAUGGUCACACCUGCGACGGUACCUGGUAGCAGGUAUUUGAUGUCGUUUCAGGUUGGCAGUCCGGUCGCUGCUCUCUGCGUCGAUCCUUCAGGACGUCUUCUAGUCUCUGGACACGAAGAUAGCAGUUGCGUUCUUUUCGAUAUUCGAGGUGGAAGAACAGUUCAAUGUUUCAAACCUCAUGCUGCGGAUAUUCGAAGCAUACGUUUCUCUCCUUCCGCUUAUUACCUACUUACAGGAGGAUAUGAUAAUAAGUUGGUACUUACCGAUCUUCAAGGUGAUCUGACGAUGCCACUUCCAAGCGUAGUGGUUGCCCAGCAUCAGGACAAAGUAAUCUCCGGACGUUGGCAUCCAACGGAGUUCUCUUUUCUUAGCACAUCGGCCGACAAAACCGCGACAUUGUGGGCUUUACCACCGAUUUAGAAGGGGAAUCAAGAUGAAGAAAUUCUUAUCCUUCUCAUACGUUAUUAUUUAUUUAUCCUUUUUGUAAGAUCAUUCAUCGCGAUCUUGAGAUCGUUCGUUCUACGCCAAUCACACGAGAAUUCUUCUCACGAAAAAUUUAUUCAUAAUUAAAGGGAGAAAAAGAAAAGCAAAAAAAAGGAGUGCUGAAAUUAAAUUAAAAAAAGAAAAAAGAAAAAAAAAAGAAAAAAAGGAGAAGAAGAAAGGGAUCGUAGAAUGAUCGACCUACGCGAUAAACGAGAACGAAAUCUCCCCGUGUAUUUCGUGCUUCAUUGUGACCAAUUAAAAGUGCAUUCGAGUUAUAAUUGCACGGGGAUGAUAUACGAUUAAAUACAAUAUCGUUACUACACGCUUUGAGUAUCUCGUUAUUAAAAAGAGACAAAAGUAUAAGUAAAGCGAAGUAGGAGCAGCAAUGUGAUCGAGGAUCGAUCUAUCUUAUUUCGACUCGAAGUUUGAUUAGGAUAGGAAGUCGCUAAUUGCGAUAGGAAUUUAUAAGACUGCGAAGGAGUUAAUCUCGUUGUGGUAUAUUCAAUGAGAACUUUUUAUAAACGCGUUAUUAUCGAAGAAACGUAACGUUACGUUCUCGCACGUGGAAAAAGAAGUAGGAUUUUCGAAAAGCCGAAAUUGCCAGGACUUCGCGUUUGUCUCGCUCUAUUCUAACUAAAAACUAUCUCUCUUUUAUAUAUGAUUAUGAUCGCAUUAUCUAGUGAUGUAAAUACGUUAACGUAACACAACCGAUUAAAAAUCAUUCAAGUAGACGAAUACGUGCUCUUGUACAGUCUACGUAUUUUAAGUUCUAAUCUUUGAGUGCUCUCUUUUUGUUUUUUCUUUUCGUUUCUUUUUUUCUUUCAUUGUUCAUAUAUUUUAUUUGUUUACAUUCGUUAUCAAUAAUUCGUCACACGAUUUUAUUUUUAACAUACGAAGAUAGGCGCGAACUUACUUUCCUCGUGAUUAAUUUUGCCUCGUUUCUACGUUAAUGGUUUUCAUUCAUUUUCGAUCAGUUAUAUAAAUCAAUCUGUUUUUUUAAUCGAAA